AGAAAAAUACGUAUCAAUUGACUAAUAAAUUAAAAAAUAAUUUAUGAACAAUUCCGACUACAUUAUAUCUAUAGAGAAGCACCCAUUUAUUAUCUACUAGACAUAGACAACAAAUAUCAAUAUUUACUUAUGGUAUGUAAAGUAGGAUCCAUGAAAAAUGAUGCCAUCGACGAGCCUUUAGCGUUGACAUUUUUGAGUUAAUCAACAUUAUUAAAAUCUUAUCCGAAAUGAUAACGUUAAUCGAAAAUACUAUUUCUAAACAAGGUCUUAGUCCAUGCGCAUAGAGUUUUGAGCAAGGUAUGAAUAUGGGUACGCCAUCUUUUCAGAUUGGAGAGAAAAUAAAAAACAAGUAGUGAAUGAUGAGAUGUGUAAUUGUGCAUAAUUAGUGAGAGAAAGAUUAUUCACUACCUUCGAAACAAGCUCUCAAUUACUCUUAAAUAAUCAUGGACAACCUACGGUAUAUAUUGAGGUAAAGUAAAGUGUAAGCACAAAAAAGCAAUUGAUUCCUAACUACUCCGCAGCAAGUGACAUCCGAUCAGGCCAGCCGGAAAUGGUUGAAUUCUCUCUAGCUACUGCGGCGAAUUUCAUUGACGAGGACGACGAGCUCGACGAAGAGCCCGGGGAAGUGGUCGAGUCGGCGCCACCGCUGAAGGAGGGCGAGGAGAGAGAAAUCAGGUGCAGCGACGGCACUAGCCUCAAGAAGAAGCUUCUCAAGCUUGGCCACGGCUUGGAGACUCCUGAGUUCGGCGAUGAAGUCACUGUUCACUAUGUGGGAUUUUUACUUGAUGGAACCAAAUUUGUCUCAACCCGGGGAGAAGAUCAGCCCUUCACUUUCAAGCUUGGCAAAGGGCUACUUGUUUCUGGCUUGGAUCAUGGGAUUAUGACAAUGACCAGAGGUGAAACUGCAUUGUUCACUUUGCCCCCCGAACUGGCGUAUGGAGUAAAAGGCACAGAUGGUGUUCCUCCAAAUGCUGCAACGCUGUUCGAAAUAGAACUCGUAUCAUGGAUCACAGUUGUAGAUGUCUGCAAGGAUGGUGGCAUUCUCAAGAGGAUUAUGGCAAAGGGGGACCAGACUGGUCCUCCUGGCGAACUAGAUGAAGUUUUAGUAAGGUACUCAGCAACUACGACUGAUGGUGCAAUUGUUUCAAAAACAGCUGAGGAGGGAGUAGAAUUUUACGUUAGAGAUGGUCAUUUUUGUCAAGCGAUACCUAAAGCAAUCAAGACAAUGAAAAGGGGAGAGAAAGUGAAUUUAAUUGUCCAGCAUCAAUAUGCCUUUAGCGAUGGGGUUAAGAAUUCUACCUUCAGCUCCCCUUUGGUUCCCUCUGGGUCUGAACUAAGUAUUGAUUUGGAGUUGGUAUCCUUCAAGCCUGUGAUUGAUGUGACCGGUAAUUUUGGAGUUUUAAAAAAGAUUUUGAAAGAGGGGGAAGGAACACACACGGCAAAUGAAAGCACCGCUGUUAGUAUUAGGUAUUUAGCUAAGCUUGAGGAUGGCACUUUAUUCGAGAAAAAAGGGCUAGAUGGAGAGAAGCCCUGGGACUUUACAACAGAUGAAGGUGUGUCCGUGUGUGUGUGUGUACCGUCACACACACACAAGAUGAGCUAUUUUACUGUCUUCUUAGAGAAUGCAUUUCAAAUGAACAAACUGUAAUACAAAAAAUAUAUCCCAAUCUGCCCUUCUAUGAAAAUAAAAAGAAGAGGCUUUGAUGUGUCACACCUGCUAAGCAGAACAAAGACCUUCCAAACCCGCAAUAGAGGUAAUGGUAUCAAUUGCUUUUAUUACGAGGCUUGCUGAAUAAGGCAAAUAAUGUAUU